GAGGAAGGUGCAGGUCUUUCCUUCCACUGGCCCGUUACCCGCCGGCCGGUUCCCUGCCUGGCGCCCGCCCCGCCACCCUCGGGAGGAGCUACACGCCGCCGCCCGUCUGCGCGCCGCAGCCGCAUCUCCGCGUGGAGGGAGACCUGCCGCCCGUCGCUCUCGCCGCCUCGCGGGUCUCGCUGCGCCCCCGCGCCAUGAGGGCGCGCCUGCCGCUCUUCCUGCGCGGGCUCCGCCGCCCGCCGCGGCCCCCGGGCCCGCCGCUCCGCCUCCAAGCGCCCGGUCGCGCCAGCAGCGGCGGCCGUGGCGGCGGAGGUGGCGGCGGGGAGGGCCUGCUCGGACAGCGGCGGCUGCAGGACGCCCAGGCCGGGAACAGUCGCGGCCAGGGCAGCCGGGCGCCUUCGGCGCGGGACUCGAUCGUCAGAGAAGUCAUUCAGAAUUCGAAAGAGGUUCUGAGUUUAUUGCAAGAAAAAAACCCUGCCUUUAAGCCGGUGCUGGCUAUUAUACAGGCAGGUGAUGAUAACUUGAUGCAGGAGAUCAACCAGAAUCUGGCGGAGGAGGCUGGUCUGAACAUCACUCACAUCUGCCUUCCUCCAGAUAGCAGCGAAGAUGAGAUUAUAGAUGAAAUCUUGAAGAUUAAUGAAGACACCCGAGUACAUGGCCUUGCCCUUCAGAUCUCCGAGAACUCAUUUAGCAACAAAGUCCUCAAUGCCUUGAAACCAGAAAAGGAUGUGGAUGGAGUAACAGAUGUAAACCUGGGGAGGCUGGUCCGCGGGGACGCCCACGAGUGUUACGUCUCACCUGUGGCCAGAGCUGUAGUUGAACUUCUUGAAAAGUCAGGUGUCAACUUGGAUGGAAAAAAGGUCUUGGUAAUAGGAGCCCAUGGGUCUUUGGAAGCCGCCCUGCAAUGCCUGUUCCAGAGAAGAGGGUCCAUGACAAUGAGCUCCCAGUGGAAAACACCUCAGCUUCAAAGCAAGCUUCACGAGGCUGAUAUCGCGGUCGUAGGCUCUCCCAAGCCAGAAGACAUUCCCCUUUCUUGGAUACAACCAGGAACUACAGUUCUCAACUGUUCCCAUGACUUCCUAUCAGGGAGGCUUGGAUGUGGUUCUCUUGGGGUUCAUUUUAAUGGUCUCAUUGCAGAGGAUGAUGUGAGUCUCCUUGCUGCGGCUCUGCGGAUUCAGAACAUGGUCAGCAGUGGAAGGAGAUGGCUACGGGAACAGCAGCACGCAAGGUGGAGACUUCACUGCCUAAAACUCCAGCCUCUCUCCCCCGUCCCGAGUGAUCUUGAGAUUUCAAGAGCACAGACUCCAAAAGCCGUGGAUGUCCUUGCCAAGGAGAUAGGAUUGCUUGCAGAUGAAAUUGAAGUCUAUGGCAGAAGCAAAGCCAAAGUACGUUUGUCCCUGCUGGAAAGGUUAAAGGAUCAAGCAGAUGGAAAAUACGUUUUAGUAGCUGGGAUCACACCCACCCCUCUUGGGGAAGGGAAAAGUACAGUUACAGUUGGGCUUGUACAGGCUUUGACUGCACACCUCAACAUCAACUCCUUUGCGUGCCUCAGACAGCCUUCUCAAGGACCAACUUUUGGCGUGAAAGGAGGGGCCGCGGGCGGCGGAUAUGCCCAGGUCAUCCCCAUGGAGGAGUUCAACCUUCACUUGACCGGGGACAUCCACGCCAUCACUGCCGCCAAUAACCUGCUGGCCGCCGCUAUUGACACAAGGAUUUUGCACGAAAACACUCAAACAGACAAGGCGCUGUAUAAUCGACUCGUUCCUUUAGUGAAUGGUGUUCGAGAGUUUUCAAGCAUUCAACUUGCUCGGCUGAAAGUAAAAACUGGGAAUAAAUAAGACUGAUCCAAGUACGCUGACGGAGGAGGAAAUAAGUAAAUUCGCCCGUCUCAACAUCGAGCCCUCCACCAUCACGUGGC